UGCUCAUCCCGUCCUAAACCGAGGAGAGGACGAAUCAGAUUCCCCAAACUAGGUCCAUGUCGAACUUCUCACCAAACCAAGUUCGUGCAAGUCUGCAAGAUGCUAGUCUUAGCACCCCCCUGACCUGCCUCUCGACAAGGCAUUAAAAGCCCGUCGCGUCUCCCCUUCUCUCCUGACUUGCCAGCCAUCUUCCCGUCUUCUUCCUCCCAUCAAGCACUGGAGUCGAGGGUCCUGGUCUUCACUUCGCAGUGUUACACCCCCUGAACAAGAAGCAACAGAAGGACUCGGUAUACACACGUGGAGCGGCCAGGUUUAGCACCUGCACAACACCGCCAAGAUGGUCACCUCAAAGAGAGUUUACAACUGGUACGUGUCGAUGGUGGCGGCAAUGUGCAUGGUUCUCUACGGAUACGAUGCGUCAGUCUUCAACUCAGUCCAGGGGUCGCCACAUUGGCUGGCUUACUUCGACUUGAAUCCGAAAACCGACACAUACAUGAUCGGGCUGAUAAACACUGCCUACACGAUUGGCGCUAUUGUUGCCGGGUUUUUCAUCGGUGGUCCUACUGCCGAUUACCUGGGGAGACGAUGGGGGAUGGGCAUCGGCUGCUUUGUGACCAUCAUCGCCACCUUCAUGCAGGCGUUUGCGCCGCGGCACCAGAUUGGCUGCUUCAUUGCCGGCCGAGUCCUCAUCGGCCUCGGUCAGGGCAUGGCUCUCACUGCCGGCCCUAUCUACAUUGGUGAACUGGCCCCAGCGCAUAUUCGUGGAUACAUCAUGGCAUUCUGGCAGCUGUUCUACUCGGUCGGGUCCUUCAUCGCCUACUGGAUCAACUACGCUUGCUCGCUGCACCGCGAGAGCCUGGGCGAAUGGGAAUGGAGGAUGGUGGUCAUCUUCCAGCUCAUGGUCCCUGCCAUCAUCAUAAUCCUGCUGCCCUUCCAGCCCGAGAGCCCACGGUGGCACAUCAAGAAGAACAACAACAUUGAGGCCGCCAGGGCUGCUCUCCGCACGGUCCGUGACACCGAGCAGGAGGUUGAGGAGGAGGUCUUGGCCAUCCGCGAGGCCGUCGAGUACGAGAAGGAGGCCAUCAGCAGCAACUACAGCGCCCUUUUCAAGGAUCCCUCGGUCCGCAAGCGUCUCUACCUCGCCUUCAUUCUCAACAUCGGCCAGCAGCUUACUGGCCAGGGCACUCUCAACUCCUACUCCACCGCCAUCUACAAGAAGGUCUGGACCUCGAGCCAGACCAUCAACCUCAUCAACGCCCUCAAUGCGACUUUUGGAAUUCUCUUCACUCUCAACGCUGUCUGGACCGCUGACCGCUUUGGUCGACGAUGGUUGUUCAUGGUUGGUGCUGUUGGAAUGGGUUUCUGCAUGAUGCUCGUUCCUAUCAUCAGCAUCGCGACGCCAGACGUCAACGGCACCAAGUCCGAGCCUGUGGGAAUCGCCAUUGUGUUCCUGCUCUUCUUGUUCAUCUUCUUCUACAAGCCAUCCUGGGGUGCCGCCACCUGGAUCUGGACAUCGGAAAUCUUCAGCAUGAACAUCCGCGCCCAGGCUGUCGGCAUGUGCUCGCAGAUGCAGAACGUCGCAAACACCAUCUUCCAGCAGUUCUUCCCGACCUUCCUAGCCAACGAGGGCCUCAAGUGCCUCUUCUUCUUCAUGGCCAUCAACUUCGUCCUCGCCGUCUUCGUCUACUUCUUCAUCCCCGAGACCAAGCAGAUCGCCCUCGAGGAGAUCGACGUGCUCUUCGGCGGCAGCAACCACGCCGACAAGGGCGCCCAGAUGCUGGGCGUGGGCAUGGGCGCCGACGCCCGGGGGGCGGCUGGGGGCCAGGAUGACGGCAAGAACGAUGAGAUCGCCGUCGCUGUGCAGAGGGAGAAUAAGAGCGAGGUGGUUUAAGGGCCGGGUAAUUUGAUGUUCAUCCUUUGUGGAGAUGGAAAUAUUGGAAAUACAAGAGAAGUAGAGCCGCUGGAUGGUUCAAGCAAGAAUAAUUAAGGAAUUUCUCACCUGCUGAAUCAAUCCUCUUGCUUUGGACUUGAUCCAUUUGAAUCCACCACUAUUCUUCAACUGAACUUAGAGUGCGCGAGGGGAACACACCUAAAAGAGCCUAUGGGUGGACCACGCAGUCUAGAGAGAGACUGUGAUAUAUUGCUGAUUAAUGUCCAGACGUAGCCCAUUCUGAAAAGCACAUCUGCAAAAGUCCGAGAGCACGCCUUUAUUAUGUAUCUCUAGUCGAAAAACCACCGUUCAGGGGCCCCUGAAUUCA